GCCGCCCCCGGCGGAGGCGGUGCCGCCCCCUCGGCGGCCUGUGGCCAGGCGGCGGCUGUCGGCGGCGGCCGCGCGGCGGGCGGGAGCCAUGGCGGCGGAGGGGGACGCGUUCGGCAGAGCCCGGGGCAGGACUCUGGCCGCCUUCCGCCAAGAUGAUGAGUACCAAUGGAAGGGGCCCUUCUACUUCAUCCAAGGAGCAGAUCCUCAGUUUGGACUGAUGAAAGCUUGGGCAGUUGGAGACAUCAACAAUGGAGAUGAUGAAUGGGGAGAAGAAAUCAAAUUAACAGAGCAAGCGGUGCAGACCAUCAACAAACUAAACCCUAAACCCAAGUUCUUUGUGUUGUGUGGAGACCUUGUUCAUGGAAUGCCAGGAACUCAAUGGAGAAAGGACCAAGAACAAGAUCUAAAGAAUGUUUUGAAGAACACUGACCAGGAUAUACCAUUGGUAUUUGUCAGUGGAAAUCAUGAUAUCGGCAAUACUCCAACAAGAGAAACAAUAGAUAAUUAUUGCAAGAACUGGGGAGAUGACUACUUCAGCUUUUGGGUUGGAGGUGUUUUUUUCCUUGUGCUGAAUUCGCAGUUAUACUUUGAUUCUUCCAAAUGCCCUGACUUAAAGCAAGCCCAGGAUGCGUGGCUCAAUGAGCAAAUGGCUACUGCUGAAAAACAGAAAUGCAAGCAUGUAAUAGUGUUCCAGCACAUCCCUCUGUUUUUGAGAAAACCUGAUGAAGAACAUGAUUAUUUCAACUUGGAAAAAUCAGUUCGUCAAGAGAUAAUGGAAAAGUUUCAUAAAGCAGGCAUUAAAGCUGUGUUUUCUGGACAUUACCAUAGGAAUGCUGGAGGGUCCUACAGAGGACUGGAAAUGGUGGUUUCAUCAGCAAUAGGAUGUCAACUGGGAGAAGACACGCAUGGGCUUCGAGUGGUUGUUGUCACAGCUGAAAAGAUUGUUCAUAGAUACUACAGUUUAAAUGAACUGAGCAGUCAAGGCAUAGAGAAAGAGCUGCUAGAUAUGCUUGCAAAGCAAAAUUAGGCUAUGUCAAAUGGUAUGAUUUUUUUUCCAUAUUAGACAAAUAAAAAGUUUCAGAAAGCUUCCCCCAGGUGAAGCUACAGUUUUCUGAUUGUGCACCAUGCCCCAGAACAGAUCUCAAUUUGUUAUCAUCCUAAAUAACAAGAAAGCUGUUGACAUGUUUAUCUUGUUGAAAAUGAGACCUGUGAGGAGUAUGGAAAAAUAGCAGAACUAAUACGGUAAUCUAUCAUUGAAAAGAACUGUUCUGAGAAUUUUUACUUUGCUUCUAGAGAAGACUUUCUUAUGAGAGAGGAACGUAUCAGAGUGAGAGUUGUAGCUUCUACACAACUCUAUUUUAGUUUCAUAUUGAGAAAUUAUUUUAUCAUCAAUAAAUUUACUCAUUUCUGUUACAUUCUGGAUAAUAUAAAUGGGGCAUUUUUUUACUCUGUAAAAACAAAACCUCUGAAAUCACCACAGUCCCACUGACUUUUAGCAACCUUUGCAUCAGAUCUUGUUACCUAGACAUAGUAUUUUCUACCAUUUCCCAUAUGUUACUUCCUUAGUUUUUCAGAGCCAGCAGAAAUACGGGAGCAAACACAUUCUGUUUAGCAGUCACAGCUCAGGUGUCUUUUUAUAUCCUGAUUUUAUGUAAUGGAAAGUCUGUAAAUGAAGCUAAUAUAGGUGCCCCUGACAAAAACUAAACAUGGAAAAACUAUUUUCCUUUUGAAAUUUAACUACCAUUCAAUUAACACAUAUUCUUGCUAUAGCUUCAAAAGUUGGAAUAAUUGCAUGGGGAGAAUAUUCUGUACAUAAUACUGUUAUCAGAAGUCACUUUGUUGAUUCCUAGACAAGGGGAGAGCUUUGAUUUUCAAAUGCAGUAUGAGAGUGCCUUACUGUAUUAUUAUACAAUAUUGAAUGUUGAAACCCCUAAAAAGUGUAUUUUCUUCACUGGGAUAAGUCUUUAAAAAUAAAUUAUAUAAAAUGAAA